UUAAGCCCAUUAAUGAAAGACCUGGAAGAACUUGGGCAGAAUCCAAGGCUUAUUUUCUUAAUGUAUUGCCUAACAUUGUGGUCUCCUCCUGGCUUGUGUGUUCAGUCGCCUCUGAAGUUGAACAGGGCAAUACAAUCUCCACCCUUGCCUCAUCGGCUGGAAAAACGAAAUACCAAUUUCCUCCGUUACGGGUUUGCAGUCUGUGAAUUCCCCUUUUAUGAAAUAUGCCGUGAAAAUGUAUCAAGAAUUGAGUGUUCAGAGUUGGGGUGCUGUUACCACAAAGAAACGUGCUAUAAGAAAGCUGUACCACAAUACAUGAAAGCGUUUAUUUGCUUAAUAGUGAUCGUCAUGGUGGCCUUCUGUAUAUUUGUGCUGUAUAGGUAAGUUGACGCUUUAUAC